UUAUUGACGUCCAAACGCGACGAUAACGCGUUCGAAUAGCAUUUCCACCAGGUCGUUUCGUUUUAUCAGUUAUCGUCGCCGAUCAGUCGUUCGAACGAACGUUCCUGAUAUGCUUUUCGGCGCGUGCCUAACCGUUUGCUGUGCGGCUUGUAGAACAAUUUAACUGUCUUAUUAUUUUAACAUAACGCACAACAAAACGGUGUUCACGAUUUUUAACGAUUAAAUUAAAUAAAUAUUGUGAUUUCGUUUCGUUCAAGGGUUAUACUGUACAGCGCUCCUUCUAGAAGAGUUCUUUCUUAUCGCACAAUUUCAAAUUACAUAUUCAAAAACCGAUUAUCGACAUCGGUUAAUAUGAACCCGGACAUAAAAGAAAAAUUUAAAUUACCUUCUCGUCAUGAAGCUGGUGUAUACAAUGUAUGGAUUGAAUUCACCCAAUUAGCUGCGACUACAAAAUGCUUAAAUUUGGGUCAAGGAUUUCCAGAUUAUGACCCACCAUCAAAAUUUUCAAAUUUUUUAGCUGAGGUGGCUACUGAAAAAAAUUCAUAUUUCAAUCAAUAUACACGAGGAUUUGGUCAUGUACGUUUAGUUAAAGCAUUAUCCAAUUUAUAUUCUACAUUACUUAAUCGGAAAAUAGAUCCUAUGAAUGAAAUAUUAGUAACAGUUGGUGCAUAUGAAGCACUUUACUGUGUCAUACAGAGUAAUAUAGAAAUUGGAGAUGAAGCAAUUAUUAUAGAACCAUUUUAUGAUUGCUAUGAACCAAUGAUACGAACUGCCGGAGGGACACCUAGAUUUAUUCCUCUAAGAAAUACAAAGCCCAAUGCUAAGGUAUCUCAUUCAAGUGAUUGGAAACUUGAUCCAGAAGAAUUAGCAUCGUUGUUUAAUGCCAAGACUAAACUCAUAAUUAUCAACACACCACACAAUCCAUUAGGAAAAGUAUUUGAUUAUGAAGAGUUGAAUAUGAUUGCAGACUUGGCCAAAAAACAUAAUGUACUUGUUAUUUCGGACGAAGUUUAUGAAUGGUUGGUGUAUGAACCAACCAAACAUAUUAGAAUUGCGUCACUCCCAGGUAUGUGGGAAAGAACUAUUACGAUUGGAUCUGCAGGAAAAACAUUUAGUAUGACUGGUUGGAAACUCGGUUGGGCGUAUGGUCCAGAUUAUUUGAUUAAAAAUGCAUGUGUUGUGCAUCAGACUGCAAUUUAUACGUGUGCAACGACAGUUCAGGAAGCAGUUGCUAGAGGGUUUGAACAUGAAAUUAGUGUUCUUAAUACAUCAGAUAGUUAUUUUCAAAAUAUGUCUAAAGAAUUAAAACCUAAAAUGCUAUAUCUUUCUAAUGUAUUACAAGAAAAUGGCUUUACACCAGUCAUACCAGAUGGAGGAUAUUUCAUGAUAUCAAAUUGGACCAAAUUCGAAAAUAAAUUAGAUUUAAGCUCAGAGACUGAUAAAUACAAAGACUUUAGGUUUGUAAAAUGGUUUUCCAAAAAUGCUAAACUACAAGGAAUACCAUUUUCAGCUUUUUAUUCUGAAAAACAUAAAUUUAUGGCUGAAGAUUAUCUACGGUUUUGUUUUUUUAAGAGAGAUGAAACAUUGAAGAAGGCUGAAAACAUUUUAUCUUCAUGGACGAAGAAUAUAUCAGAGUCCAAAUCUAAAAUCUAAAUUUCUUGAAUUCAUAUAAAAACUAUAAUGAUUUAAUUCUGUUAAGUUUUUUCUUUUUGUUUGAUUUUUCUUAUAAUUAUUCAAAUAUGUUAAAACCUAGAAAUUAUAAAUGGUGUUCUUGAUACUAUAUCAGUACCAAAUUAUGUAAAAAAAAGUAUUUUCUGUUUUAUGCAUUGUGUUUAAAAUAGAAUAUUUUUGAUUUAAAACAAAUAAUUCUUAGUCGUAAUAAAUUUUUACAAUGUGUAAAUUUAAAAUUAUUUUGCAAUUUAAUUAGAUGGAGUUAUACAAUGAAACAGAUGGCUAUUAUUUAUGUUAUCCUUGAACUAGAAAGAUACAUAUAAAAUUAUGUAACAUCUUAGUCCAUUCCAAGCCCUGAACUAAUUUAUUAAUAUAUUCAUGUUAUAAGUAAUAGUUACCUUAUUUGAUGUUAAAUUAUUAAUUAUAAGACUUACUUAUAAUACACUUAAUAUACUUAUUACACUAAGUGUAUGUAACUCAAAGUU